AUGACCAAAAACGUUCUACUGUUAGGUUCUGGGUUCGUUGCCCAACCAGUCGUGGACACACUUUCUGCUGACCCAAACUUCAACGUCACCGUUGGAUGCAGAACUUUGGCCAACGCUCAGGCUUUGGCUAAGGAUUCUGGUUCCAAAGCGGUCUCCGUUGACGUCACAGACGAUGCGUCUCUGGACAGCGCGCUCUCUUCUAACGAUUUGGUCAUCUCUUUGAUUCCUUACAUUUUCCACCCAAACGUGGUCAGAAGUGCCAUCAGAUUGAAGAAAGAUGUGGUCACCUCUUCUUACAUCUCUCCAGCUCUGAGGGAGUUGGAACCGGAAAUUAAGGCAGCCGGUAUCACUGUUAUGAACGAAAUUGGGUUGGACCCAGGUAUCGACCAUUUGUACGCAGUAAAGACCAUUGACGAAGUGCAUCGUGUCGGUGGUAAGAUCAAGUCCUUCCUGUCCUACUGUGGUGGUUUGCCAGCCCCAGAGGACUCGGACAAUCCUCUCGGAUACAAAUUCUCCUGGUCGUCUAGAGGUGUGUUGCUAGCUUUGAGAAACUCUGCCAAGUACUGGAAGGACGGUAAAAUCGUCGAGAUUGCAUCCGAGGAUUUGAUGACCUCUGCGAAACCGUACUUUAUCUACCCUGGGUAUGCGUUUGUCUGCUAUCCAAACAGAGACUCCACCGUUUUCAAGGAACUGUAUCAUAUUCCAGAAGCGGAUACUAUCAUAAGAGGUACCUUGAGAUACCAAGGUUUCCCAGAGUUUGUCAAAGUUCUAGUGGACAUGGGUAUGUUGAAAGAGGAAGAAUCUGACAUCUGGAAAAAACCAACCCCAUGGAAUGAUGCGCUAUCCCAAUAUUUGGGUGCCAAAUCCAAUUCAAAGGCGGACAUAAUCUCGAAGAUUGAUUCGUUAACGAAAUGGGAGUCCGAUGAGGACAGAGAGAGAAUCCUAUCAGGUUUGGCGUGGUUGGGUCUAUUCUCUAACACUCCUAUAACACCAAGAGCAAACCCAUUGGACUCCCUUUGUGCUCGUUUAGAGGAAUUGAUGCAGUACGAGGAAGGAGAACGUGACAUGGUCGUGUUACAGCACAAAUUUGGUAUCGAGUGGGCCGACGGCACCACUGAAACAAGGACAUCUACACUGGUGGAUUACGGUAAACUCGGUGGCUACAGUUCGAUGGCUGCCACUGUUGGUCUUCCAGUAUCCGUCGCUACAAAACUCGUUCUCGAUGGCACUAUAAAGGGUCCAGGUCUUGUCGCCCCUUACAGUCCAGAGAUAAACGACCCAAUCAUGAAGGAAUUGAAGGAUAAGUACGGCAUCUACUUGAAGGAAAAGACAGUCACCUAA